AUGGGUGCGCUGGGGAGUGGACGCGAAUAUCCCGUUGACGCUCACCGUUCAGCGCGAUCUCUGGCUUCACCAGUUUCCCGCCAAUUGCUCCUCACCCUCCCACCGCUUCCUCAUUGCUCCACGAAUAUUUUUCGGCUGGCAUGGGUUCGGAUCCCAGCUGCACAUCAUGACCGUCCAUCUGGCUGUUGCAGUUGUGACGAACGGGAUCCUCGUGCUGCUUCCUGGAAGCUUCAGUCGCGCGAAGCGAAGCAUCCGGGGUGUCCCGGAGACGUUUCCGGCGAUCUGAGUUGCUAUUUCUUUCCUCCAGACUCACAGGAGUGCAUUGAGAGAGUGCAGAGGCUAAAGGAAGAUGAGGUGGUGCAAGUGGGAGCGAACGCAACAAUAGGAGCUACCAGGAGUGGUACUGGCAGCGCGGGGGAAGGGAAGUGGUCCCUGUGCGAGGAUGUGAUGGAGGCAGCGUUGAGUGACAGCGUGGCAGUCCAGCCUGGCAUGCGAUGCUUCUCUGAUCGAGCGCUCGUUCCUAGCCUCGUGGUGGCGAGCUCAGGCCAUCCACUUUCUCCUGCGAUGGCCGUCGCUGUACCUCUUCCACCUCACCAACAUUGCACGGCACAGGGCCUUUGGCCGGGAUGCUGCCAUGAAGCUGGCUUUGCUCAGGCUGUAACAGAGGACGGCUUGUCCUCCUUCGCUUCUGCCCCCGCAUCUCCAUCGUUGGACAAUCGGAGGGCGAAUGAGACUCUUGUACAUGACAUGGCGAUGCAGGAUCGGUUGGGAAAGGAGCUGUUUGCUCCAAGGCCAAUGUUGCACAUGCAUGUGCGUCAGGGAGAUAAGAUCCAGCUGGGAAAGGCAGAGUCGGUUGCUACAUGGAUGAGGGCUGCCAUGCUGCUAAGGGUGCAUGACCCGUCGCUGCACCGCAUGUGGAUUUCAACGGAUACACAGGAGGUUCUUGACAUUGCAAAGCAAUAUCGACACUGGCGCGUGUAUUGGUUCGGGAAUGAGCCCAAGUGGGACCCCAAAAGCCAAUCGCAAAAGAAGACAGGGAAAAGGGAAUUGCGUGCCUCGGUGGAGUCUAGCCUACUGAACCUCAUGCUGGUAGUAGAGUGUGACUACUCCGUUAUGGCGCUCGAUAGUAACCGGAAUAGGGUCAUACCCUCUAGUCUUUAUGCGAAUCACUGGUGGUAG